GAUCAAUAAAUCUUUAUUUAUAUUGCACAUUUCAUACAGUAGCUGCCGCCCAAUGUGUUGCACAUGACCAAAUAAACAAUUCGACAAAAACAAAACCAAACAAGCAGAGGUGAUCAAAGGCACAAAAAAACAACAACAAAUAAAAGACUAAAAGUAAAAGCAAGGCUAAAAAAGCUGUCUUGAGUUGUAUUUCAAAAUGUCCACAGAGGUGGACUCCCUCGCAGACUGUUCCAGCCAUUGUGGCCCUUAUGACUAAAAACGUGGAGUAUAGUCAUUAUAAUAGUAGUAGUAGUAGUAAUGAUGAUGAUGAUAACAAACAAGGGUUGCUUCAGCACAGAUGAAAAUAUGAAUUAAAAAAAGUAUAAAAGACUGAAGACACAGAUGAUUUAGGACAUCAGUGUUUGAUUAUUGUUGUAAUUAUUAUAAUUAUUAUUAUUCAUCGUUCUCCCAGGGUUUAUGGUGGGCUUAUUUGCUUCCAGAAUGUGUCAAUUCACCGUCAAAAAUCAUCUUAUUUCUUCCCCAUAUAUACGGAAAAGCCGUGACUUUUAAAAACCUCCGGGUAAGACAAUUUCAAGAUAAUUUCAAGUCUGCGCGAUAUCGGCCAGGAUUUUGUCAAACUGUAAAGUCACGUUUAGUCAAUGGAGACACGCAGUUUUAUGCAAAUCGCCCUGCUCAACGUGUGUUCAUUGGAGAGUAGCGCGGAGGUGUACACCCGUGACAUGUCAGCGCAGCCUUAUGAAGAAAGUGCGCUUUGAGGCAGAGGUGAUUCACACACUGGAUCCCGCAGUCUUGACAUCUCUAGUGGAUUAAGUUUUUUGGCCUCGCAGCGCGUAUAGCUCGCAUAUUACAGAUGGCUAACUAGUUCAUAAAUAGCAUAAGGUGGAAGCCUUUUUUUUCUUAAAAAAAACAAAAUUGUAAAAGCCUUUCAAGCACGGUUGUUUUUCCUCCGUCGGCUUAUUUCGUACAGCCUGUUUUUCGGGAAUUAUUCAUUUUGCCAUCGUCGUCAUCUUCAUCAUCAUCAUCACCAAAGUGCUGUCAUCACAUUUGACUGCAUGAACUAGGCUGUAGUCGUGGGCAUUUUGAACUGUCAGAAGUGGCGAAGUUGCCAAUGAACGCGGAGGGUUCACAUUUGGGACUUCCGAAAAACCCCAUGGAUUUCGUCCAUGAGUUCGACCUAAUGAAGUUCGGCGUCAAGAAGGAGACCAUGCACGGGAUCGAUCGCUCCUUCAUCGGGCCGUGCAGUCAGCUUCAGAGGCCGGACUCGGUUUCCUCGACCCCCGGCAGCACGCCGUGCAAUUCUGUACCGUCGUCACCGAACCUCAAUCCCAACGAGCGGAGAAAUGACUCCGGCGGCGAGCAAUUCUGGAUAUCGAACAACGACGGCUACUCCCACCAAAUGUACCCUCAGGCUUUCGGUCUGACACCCGAGGACGCGGUGGAGGCCCUCAUCGGCACCGCCACCGCGGCGCAGAACCACACGUCCGCGCCCCACGGCCAGCAACCACCCUUCCAGUCGGAGUUCGAGGGGUACAUGGGAAACGAGCACAUCCAUUACCCUGGACUCCUCCGUCAGCCGGACGCCCUCACGGAGAUGCACGGUGUCUGUGAGGAGCAGUUCCGCAAGGAGGACCUCACCGGCUCGUCUCCCCACUCACCGGAGUCCCAACAAGUCCUGGGCGCCCACCAACACCACCACCAACACAACCACCGCCACGACAGACGGCCCGGCGCAGAGCUCCACCACUUCUCCGACGACCAACUGGUCUCCAUGUCCGUCCGGGAGCUGAACCGCCACCUCCGGGGCCUGGGUAAGGAGGAGGUGACGCGGCUGAAGCAGAGGCGGCGCACGCUGAAGAACCGCGGUUACGCGCAGUCGUGCCGCUCCAAGCGCGUGCAGCAAAAGCACGUGCUGGAGCACGAGAAGAGCAGCCUGGCGACGCAGGUGGAGCAGCUGCAGCGCGAGCUCGGCCGGCUGGCGCGCGAGCGGGACGCGUACAAGCGCCGGUGCGAGACGCUGAGCGGCGCGGGCAGCUUCCGCGAGACCGGAUCGACGAGCGACAGCCCGUCGUCGCCGGAGUACCUGGUGUGAGGGAGGGGGGUGUUUAUGUUGUUUUGUUGUUUUUUGUUGUUGUUGUUUAUUUUUAUGCUAUUUUCUGAGGUUAGGCGUACGUUGACAGGUCGGUCUCGUACUCUUACACGAAUGAACGAAUUAUCGUCGUCGUCGAUUGUGUCCGUGACGCGGGGAGUUGUGAUCGCAAACAAAUCAGCCGGAGACAUGCAUGCAGGACAUGUAUGGGACUUCUUGUUUAUUUUAUUUUGUACAUAUGCCUGUCUCAUUCUGUCUGAAUGGAAAUACUUGAAAUUAUUAUCCAUCAGAGAUUAUCCACUUUAUUGUCUUCUUGGAUUUUUCGGCUCCGAUAUGAAAUACUUCUUGACUUUAUGCAAAUGAUUGUGGUUUUGCUUUGCUCGUUUUUUAAACUCUAUUAGUCUGCUCACGGUAUCUGAAAAUAGAUAGAACCACAAAUUAAAAUUCCUUCUUUUUUGUAAUGAAACUGAUGAUUCUGCUGUGCGGAUUUCUCCCUGUUUUGUUUUCUUUCUGAGAUUGCUGACAAAUAUGCAGGAAAGAAAUGGAAGUUGUCCCCCCCCCUCAGUAUUGACAGGCAUUGUUUUGUAUUUAAAUUGUUUUUCAUCUACUCUGGAUCAAUAAAGCCGUUGUGACUUUGUAAGUUUGUGUCUCAGCCUAUCAGCUGGCAGUGUUGCUCUCCAGAAGAAUCAAUCUUUACAA